AUGACAUUCAGCACCCUUCCUCCGGAGAUCAAGCUCUUAAUCAUCGAAAAGCUCGAUGGCGAUCACUUGUCUCUAGGAAAUCUAAGUGCCUGCAACAAAGAGCUCGUCAACCUGAUCGCCCCAACUCAGUGGUCACACGUUAGGUUGGGGACUGAACACAUUGGCACCGAGCGUGCCCUAAUUGAGACAACAAUGGGAAUCAAACAAGACGUGAGAAAUUAUCGUACUCUCCGUCGGUUUACUACCACAAUUCUCCGUUUUCCUGAUGUUGCGAAGAAAGUGCGCUCUCUCGACCUGAGUGACUUGAAUCUGCUGUGCGGAGCCAAUGGACAUAUUGUGACCAGAGACCAGGUGUUGCCCAAGAAAUGGGAGACCAGUUCAGACGACCGCAGACUGCUUCGCAAAGCCUUUGAAAACCUUUCUAUCACCAGCACGAACAGACAACUCCUGAACUAUGCAUUUAAGUCCAAGUCGCUACGCUUGGAUACCAUACUGCUAGCUUUGCUACUAUCCCUCCGUUUCCUAGAAAGGCUCGAGAUCACUCUUGGACAUGGAAACUACAGUGGCUUUGAGAAUGAGUUUUUGGUUGAUGACUUGGUGCAAGAUGUCUUGUGCGGAACCCCCAAUGGAGAAGUGUUGAUUGACUCAAAGGCUGUCCUUGAACAUUUGACUCAUUUGAAAAUUGAAUGCCGCAACCGUUUUUCCGGCGAUCCCAUUCGUCUUAUGAGAUGGUUCCAGUUACCCUCGCUGACACACUUCUUUGGCUCGAAUUGGAACAGUCACUACCUUGAAGACGAGGAUUUCAAGAGUAUUCCUACCAGACUCGCCCGAUCGAUCAUUCACCUGGAAUUCCGUGAUUGUGCGCUGGACGCUCCAUUUCUCCAUCGCCUUCUCGCAGGAUGUGAGUCCCUCGAGACCUUGAUAUAUCAGCGGCAAUGGUCCUGGGACGCGUGGGACGAAGACGAGUUUGAACCAAGCGACGACCAGGCUACAGUACAUAAUGAGCCAUACAAUGAACUGAACGAGGCACAGACUGGGGAGGACAACAGUAUUGAUGAGGUGGAGGAAGAAGAAGAACAAGAAGAAGAAGAUGACAACGAUGAUUAUGAAGAACGAGAAGACCCGAACAUCCUGCUAGUCUCCGAUCUCACAGCCGCACUUGAAGAGAGAUGCAACACUUUGAAAUCCCUCGAGCUAGCAAUUGCCAAGUGUAUCUGGCACGAUUGGGAACAUCUCUACUUGUGCCCCAUCAACUUGGCUGGCAUGAAAGUUCUGACCAAGCUGCAUAUCGCGGCAGGAUACUUGAUCUGGAGCCCACAAAAGGAAAGCAUGUAUGGUGAACUCGGUAAUGGACUUCAACUACGUUUGUUUGACACAGUGGGAAUGAAAGCGAACCCCAAGAUCGCUCUGCAUGACCGUCUCCCCAAGUCCCUCGAGAUUCUGUCAAUCAAGAACCUGCAGAACCAGACCGAGCUCCGAAACUUGAUUCCAGCUCUCUGUACAAUGCUUCGUCAUCGACAAACGAGGCUUUCGAACCUCCAAGAGCUGAGACUUGAAGCUCCCACCGAGGGAGACCCAACCGUAUUCGGGUUGCAGUGGCUUCAACAGGAGGCAGACGAUGUUGGUGUACAGCUUCGCAUCAUUGAUACCUCCUCUCUAUUUCCCGUAUCAUGGUUGCGUCCCUUAGUGAAUGUGCCUGAGCCAGAGGGGGUGGCCGUUGACUGGGGCAUGGAUGGAGAGUUUAAGUGGGGACAUCGAUUCUGGCAACCUCCUCGGUUCCACACCUUGCAGGAGGGCAGAUCCCCCACCCGUGAGGAGGAUACGACAGAGAUCAAGGAUGAGAAUUGA